AUGCCGUCCGCAGACCCCCCCAGUAUUACAAAGGUGUGUGUAAAAUGCAAAGUUCAGCCUCCUGCUGUUCUCCUCAGGGUUGGGGAUCCUUACUGCAGGGAAUGUUUCCACGAGUAUUUUAUCCACAAAUUCAGAGCCAUGUUGGGCAAAAAUAGAAUCAUUUUUCCGGGAGAAAAGGUCUUGUUGGCUGUGUCAGGAGGCCCAUCUUCAUGCUCAAUGCUUCAUCAGGUUCAACAGGGCUUAAGUGUCGAUGCUCAUAAAAAGCUCAGGUUCACUCCGGGGAUUGUUUUUAUAGAUGAGGGUGCUCUGACGGGGUGUUGUCUGGAGGAUCGACUCAAGACAAACACUGAGAUACAAGCUCUGUUUGAAUCCACUGGUUUUCCUUUUCACGUUGUUCCAUUGGAGCGGGUUUUAGAGCUGCCCGCCUCAGUCUUGCAGCCCCACGAGUCCUUCUCGGACUCUAAAAGCUCAUACAAAGCUGCUGUUGGGGAGUUCGAUCAGACCCAGAGCUCUGGAGUCCAGCCUCCAUGCCAGCCUCAGGAAGCAGCUGAAGUACAUGAGACUCGAACACUGGAACUACAGCAGCUUGUGGCAUCAGUGAAAACUCACACUGCACGAGAGGAGCUUCUCAGCAUGCUACGACAGCACUUGUUGUUGCACACAGCUCGUACCGAGGGCUAUAGUAAACUCAUGCUGGGGGACAACUGCACCAGGCUGGCUAUAAAACUGUUGAGCAACAUCUCUCUGGGCCGAGGAGCUCAGGCAGCACUUGAUACGGGCUUUUCAGACUCUCGCUACGGUGAUGUCAUAGCAGUGAGGCCAAUGAGGGACUACUCUGCUAAGGAAAUUGCUUACUACAACCACUUAUUUAAAGUUCCCUCUGUCUUUAUCUCCGGCCUAGACUCUAAGACCCCAGAGAAGGACAGUAUUCAAAGACUAACAGAGAGUUUUGUCACUAAACUUCAGACUGAUUUCCCCUCCACCGUCAGCACCAUCUACAGGACAAGUGAGAAGCUGCAGACGGCGUGUAAGGCCCCCUCUGCUGUGGAUGACAGUCUGAGGUGUGAGCUGUGCCUGUGCGCCCUGGACACUUCUGCAGAAAAUGCAUCUGCUUUUCAAGCCACACAGAUAUCAGAGCAGCUUUCACAAAGAAAAUGCCCAGAUGACAGCCUUCAAAAUCUGAAAUAUGACACCACCUGCUCUGACCGUUGUCAUGGAGAUGGGACCUGCUGCUCCUCAGCCAGCAAAUUGGAACCAAUGGAGCUUAAGUCACUAAUGUGUUAUAGUUGUCAGUUAAUCAUCAAGGAUAUGUCGUCAUUGGAACAUCUGCCAGGAUACAUCCUCGCAGACGCCCAGAGGAGGCUGAGGAGGUCUCAGAUGCGAGCGGAGAUCAGCAGUUUUUUGCUGGAUUAA